AGGUUGAGAACCACUGCUGUAAAAGUUCUUCAAACAGCGCCGUUAUUGUGCUGCUGUAAGCCUUUCUGCUACUCAGCCUUGUUCAGACUGUUUUACAUUUUCUUUCAGCCUUUUUUGAUAUAUUCAUCCAUGCAUCUUAACCAGUCAAACUUAAGAUUUUUUCCUAAGAGAGAAACAGAUUUAGAAAAUAGGAUUAUCAGAUAUGAUGUUUAAACAAGUGUGAUAUUUAAGAUCCGCCAAAAGUGAAAGAAAAUAGCAAAUCUUGGUCACAGAGCCCUUCUCCCUGGCUCUUCGGCAGGUGAGUCAGGUCUCAGAGCGUUGGGAAGAAUGCCAACUUGAAUGAUCGUCUCUGACUUAAAUUCCAUAGAUGUUUUGAUGUUAAGGCUCUUUCAGAAUUGGGAAUGGUGACAAGAAAAGCCAUGUUUUAAAGAAAUUCUUUCCUGUGCACAUCUCCAUUUAAAUUAAUUUUCUUAUAAAGGCCCCUGAAGGAAAGACAAAGGACUGAGUUGCGGGGCUGACACUGUGGGGCUUUGCCGUCCACUGGACAACAGAGGAGAAGGUUCCCCUAGUGUCCAGAGCUGCUCCCACUCUGGGUACCUGGGUGCAUCGUAAUGGACCUCGACUGCCCUGGUGUAGGGGAUGUUGAAGUGUCGGAGGGAGCCACGAAGGAGGCAUGGUGAGGGGACUGAGCCAUAGAGACCCUGUCCUGCGGCUGAGCUGAGUGAGGCAGAGUGAUGGGCGGGUGCUGGAGGGGGAGUCGGGGGAGUCAGGCAGAGUAGUGAGGACGAAAGAAGGACCUCAGCCAGGCCGCCAUGGAGGCACUGCGUCAGUGUACAGGCCAGGAGAGUGGCCUGUUGCAUUAUUUCUGAUAUCAAGGGUCACUGGUCACUUAUUGGCCCCCCUCCCCCCCAGCCCUUGGUCAAUAGGACUGUUUUGGAAAUCAUUGUUCUCUUUAGUUGGAUAUUACGGUUAAGUGAGAAUUGACCAGGAAGUAGUUUUUGUCUGAAGACUUACUGCAAGUAGAUAUUUUGGGAAAUGUUCCCCUUCCUGUGUCUGUGGAGGUUAAUGAUCACUGUUGUUUCCUUCACCCGGGCAUCCUUUCUGGUCUGAGCAUCUCUGGGUUAUGUUUUGAUGUGGGGACUGUCUCUUGUUGUCAUGGCACCCCCUGCUGUGUGGCAGGAUAGACACCUGUAGGAAGGACAGUUGUCACCUUUCACUGAAGAGGGAGGGUGUUUGGAAGGUUGUCUUUUCCUAUGAAAUGAGCCUUGGGUGUUAGAUGACUUUCUGUGCCUCCCACCUUGAGAACUUAGGACAGUGCAGCCCCGUGAGACGUGAGGUGGGUGGUGCGCCCGCUCUUUGCUGCCCGUGGAUGUGACCCUCACACAGGAUCUCUGAGUGUCUGCGUCAGUGCAGGCAGGCCUGGCUCCACGACCCGAUAGUUACCUGAGGUGCUUAAAAGUUUUUAAAAGUAAGUUAUCCGUCAAGUUACUGGUAUUAAAAUGUGAUAAAACCACAGCACCAUUUUUCAUUUUCUUCAUGAUUUUGGAGAAAAACAUCAAGUGAUCACUGUUUUAAAACUCACAUUGUGUGUGUUGAGCAGAGAGCAGAAGUUAUUUCCAAAUGGAGGUACAGGAAGCGUGAAAUGUCUGCUCAUCCUUCGUCAGCGUUACCGGGUUGGACACAGUGGGGAGAAUGCUUUCACGGCACGUCCCAGCCCCACUCGCAACUCAGGAUGUCUCGGGGGGAGAGCGCGGUGUUUGCCUAUGAGUCCUCGGUGCACAGCGCCAACGUCCUGCUCAGCCUCGACGACCAGCGCAGGAAGGAUGAGCUGUGCGACGUCACCGUCCUCGUGGAGGGGCGGCCGUUCCGCGCCCACCGGGCCGUGCUGGCCGCCUGCAGCACUUACUUCCACGCGAGGGUCCUGGGCCAGGCUGACCCAGAGCUCAGCAUUUCUCUCCCAGAAGAGGUGACAGUUAAAGGAUUCGAGCCUUUGCUUCAGUUUGCCUACACGGCUAAGCUGUUUCUGAGUCAGGACAACGUGGAUGACGUGUGCAGGUGUGUGGAGUUUCUAGGCGUCCACGACAUUGAGGAGUCCUGCUUUCAGUUUCUCAGAUUUAAGUCCUCGGACUCCACUGCCAACCAGCAGGAAUGCCCGAGGAAAGCCUGCUUCCCCGCCCACUGCCAGAAAGCAGGCCUCAAGCUUCCACUUUUGGACCAGAGGGAUUUAGAAGUUAAUGAGGUGGAGGAAUUUUUGGAAAAUAAAAAUAUUCAGACUCCUCAAUGUAAACUCCGUGGAUGUCAAGGAAAUACAAAACCGUCACCUCCCCUACAAGACAGUGCCAGUCAGACAUGGGAGUCCAUGUGCCUAGACAAGGGGGCUGCUCUGGCUCUGCCAUCUCUAUGCCCCAAAUACAGAAAAUUCCAGAAAGCGUUUGGGACGGACAGAGUCCGCGCUGUGGAGUCAGGGUUCAAAGACGGUCACACUUCUGUUCCACCCAGUGAGACGCCUGAAAGUGAGUGUCCGGGAGGAGCCCAGGACUGCGCAGACUUGCAGGUGGUUUUAAAAUGUGAAGAAAGUAACACAGCAGCGGAGCCUGAAGACCCCACGGAGGAGCCUGCCUCUCAGUGCCCGUUGGAGCAGACGGGGGCGCCGUUCCUCCACUCUCCCGCGGACCCGCCGGGCCUCUACUCGCUGUCCCUCCUACACACCUACGACCAGUAUGGCGACUUGAACUUGGCUGGUAUGCAACCCACAGCAGUGUUAACCGAAAAGCCGUUGUCAGGCCCAGCUGUUGGAGAAGAGAAGACCUUUGCUGGAAGUGAGGAUUUACUUUUGAAACCGGACUCCAGCCCUCGGGGAGAGGGCGGCCCCGCUCCUGGUGGUCGCAGCAGUGUGGAGCGGGAGGUGGCCGAGCACUUGGCCAAGGGCUUCUGGAGCGACCUCUGCAGCCCAGACGCUCCUGGCCCAGUGCCGCUGUCACCUGCCGGGGCCAACGAUGGGGCAGGACAGGGCCAGUCACAGAAGCGGUCCGAGUGCCCCUGGCUGGGGAUCAGGAUUAGCGAGAGCCCGGAGCCGGGCCAGAGGACUUUCGCAACGUUAAGUUCUGUCAACUGCCCUUUUAUAAGCACUCUGAGCACCGAAGGCCAUGCGAGCAGCUUGGAGAUAGCAGCUGACGGUUAUGCCUCGGAGCCCCAGCAGGAACCCUGUCCGUACGCCUGUGUGAUCAGCUUGGGGGAAGACUCUGAGACGGACACCGAAGGGGACAGUGAGCCCUGCUCAGCCCGAGAGCAGGAAUGUGAGGUAAAACUGCCAUUUAAUGCACAACGGAUCAUUUCCCUCUCUCGGAAUGACUUCCAGUCCUUGCUGAGGAUGCACAAGCUGACUCCAGAACAGCUGGACUGUAUUCACGACAUCCGGAGGAGGAGCAAGAACAGGAUCGCCGCCCAGCGCUGCCGCAAGAGGAAACUCGACUGCAUACAGAACCUGGAGUCGGAAAUCGAGAAGCUGCAGAGUGAGAAGGAGAGCUUGCUGAGAGAGCGAGACCACAUCCUGUCGACGCUGGGUGAGACCAAGCAGAACCUGACCGGACUUUGCCAGCAAGUCUGUAAAGAGGCGGCUCUGAGCCAGGAACAGAUUCAGAUACUCGCCAAGUACUCGGCCUCAGACUGCCCACUUUCGUUUUUAAUUUCUGAAAAGGACAAAAGUACUUCUGAUGGUGCUCUUGUGUUCCCACCAAUUCUGAGUUUACCGGAGGGGCCUCCUGCCACGCCACCUGCUGGGGGCCAAAGCCCCUGCUUCCCCUGCGGGAAGGGCAGUGGGUCGGGCUGCGUUCUGGCUCAGGAGUCUGGGCCGAGCUCCAGGGUGGCCCCGGAGUGCGCGGGGCCCUCGGAGCAGAGCCGGCAGAGCGCAGGCAUCUCCGACUUCUGCCAGCAGAUGACCGACAAAUGCACUACUGACGAGUGAGCCUCAUUCCUCCUUCCAGCCCCCGAGCCUCCUGCUGAAGCUCUGGAGUGUGUCUUGAGCCUCAUCCAGCCAUUGGUCUGCUGACAGGGCUGUUUCCCCUCCGUGGCCGAGAGGGCUUCUCUGAGGCUCCUGAUGCCUCGACUCCACAGAGAUGCAGAGACGGCGGCUUCCUGGAGAUGGAGAAGUUCCAUCGAACACGUAGUGAGGCUUUUAUUCUGUUUCAAAGAAUAAUAACUGUUAGUAGCAACUCUCCCCCUCAUUCAAAAUGCCAGAAUGUGGACUAGCCUGUCCAGCAGCCGUGUAACUGCAGGCGCCUACAGGGUUCCCCGAGGAAGGGCCCGGGGAGUCAGCAGCCUGCCCUGCCUGCGUGUGCUGAGAGAGCCUGGCCCCAAGAGCUGAUGGGCUGCGCACAGUGGGGCAGCUGCUUGGGAUGCCAGAAGCCUGGAGCUUGGCUCCUCAGCUCCUGCUAAAACCAGGGGUGGGUGGCCUACCACUGUGACCUUAAGCUCCCAUGGGCCUUGGGGAGCCGGGGCAGGCGGGUGGCCCAAGGCAGAGGCUCUGGCCUUGUUGUGUGGCUAUCAGGGGCUGUGGUCAUGGCAGCGGGUAAAAGCCAUGGCUUCUCUCCUCAGUCUACCCAGCUGGUCCUCGAGGUCUCUGCCUCCUGACGUUCUGUCCCUUUGUGGGGGGAAAUGGGUGUUGGAUUCAGGCAGUGUUGCCUUCAGCUUCUUGGACCCCAAGGGCUUGCCUGCCCCCCACAGCGCAGUGCCCUGCAGAGCCCGACGUCUGGGCAGAGGGCCACCUGCAGGACUAGGAGAGGCAGGCACUUUGAUCUGGUUUUGAAAUCCUAUGGUUUACUUGUAAAAAGUAUUAUUGUAGAUUUAAAAGAUGCCUCUAGAA